AUGGCUUUUGAAAUUAAGCAUAAUAGUGGACAAAAGGAAGUGCAGAAAUGUGCCAUCUCACUUCUUGAAGAUGAGAAGCUCGUCCCAGAUCAUCAAGUUGCUGGCCACCAAGCCGGUGAUGGGAAGCUUGGCCCUCUUAUAGAUGAUUCAGGGCACUUUUACAAGCCUCUUCAGAAUGAUGGGCGUGGAUCCCAUGAGCUAGCAUUCUAUACAUCAUUUUCUACUGAUACGAGGAUUCCAGACCACAUCCGCAAGUUCUUCCCUGUCUUUUAUGGCACUCGGCAUUUAGAGGCGUCUGAUGGUUCUGGCUUGUAUCCUCACCUUGCAUUGGAAGAUACUGUCUCAAGUAGAAUCAAUCCAUCUGUAUUGGACGCAAAAAUUGGUUCCAGAACAUGGUACCCGCAAGCUGCUGAAGAUUAUAUCAUAAAGUGUCUUAAGAAAGAUAGAGAGACCACGAGCCUGGAGCUGGGGUUCAGGGUAUCUGGACUUCGGGUUUAUGGAAACAAAGAAACUGGAUUUUGGAAGCCUGAUAAGAAGUGUGUUCUGAACUUUAGCAUUGAGGAUACUAGGUUAGCUCUGAGGAAAUUUGUGUCUUCUAACCCAUCUACAGAUUCAGAUAUCAAACCAGAUUGUUCUUUUGCAUCGGCUGUCUAUGGUGGUCCUGCUGGGAUAUUGGCACAAUUGUUGAAACUGAAGUCAUGGUUUGAGGAGCAGACCAUUUUCCAUUUCUAUUCUUGUUCAGUGCUGAUGGUGUAUGAGAAGGAGUCAAUACUGCAAGGGAGGAAUUCAGGUGCUGAAAUUAAACUCGUCGAUUUCGCGCAUGUCAUCGAAGGCAAAGGUGUUAUUGACCAUAAUUUUUUGGGUGGGCUCUGCUCCUUGAUAAAAUUGAUCUCAGAUAUUGUCACCAGUAGUGCCUGA